AUGUAUCAUUCCACCCUUGCUUGUAAAGCCAUUAUUUACACUGAUACUGAUAAGCGUACUGGAAAUGUUAUUGGAGAUCAACCUAAUCAUGUACAUGCUUCUGAAGUUUCUGACAUUCAAGCUAAAGUUGUUAUGAAUAAAAUUAAAAAAAGAGCCAUAUCUAACGAUGACAAUCCUGCAUCAGUUAUUGCAUCCGCCAUUUCAAAUGUUUCAUCGCCUGUCGUUGCUCGAUUACCAAAGAUGGUGUCAAUGGCACGUGAUAUCCAACGCGCUAGGAAUGCUGUGAUGCCGUUGUUUCCAGAAGUUAAUUCAAGGAAAGAUUUAGUUAUACCUGAUGCUUAUACUGUUACUAAAAAAGAUGACAAGUUCCUCUUUUAUGAUAGUGGUGGUGGUAAAUCACGUUUUUUAAUUUUUGCAACAAAUAAGAAUUUACAAACGUUAGCUGAGUAUCCUAAUUGGGCUGGAGACGGAACAUUUUCUUCAGUUCCUAAGAUAUUCAAGCAAUUAUAUACCAUACACGCACUGGUAAAUGGCAAGUUGUUGCCAUUAAUUUAUAUGCUUCUGCCGAAUAAAACCGAACAAAUGUAUACUGAUGCAUUAACUGUCAUAAAGAACCGUGUACCUGGCUUACAGCCUAGAAGAAUAAUGAUUGACUUCGAAUCAGCAUUUAUGACAGCGUUUACAUCAUGCUUUUCAGAUGCAAACAUGUCAGGUUGCUUCUUCCACUUUACCCAAUCAUUAUGGAGAAAUGUACAAUCACUAGGAUUACAAAAACUAUAUAAUAAUAAUGUUCGAUUCGCGUUGAACAUUAAAAUGUUAAUGGCAUUGGCAUUCGUUCCUGUGCAAGAUGUUUGUGAUGCAUUCCAAGAACUUAUUCAAUCGACAUAUUUCGACGAUUAUGAGGUUGAAUUGGAGCCUUUCGUGAAUUAUUUUGAGAAAACUUGGGUCGGUGUGUUGUCACGUAGUGGCAAGCGCCGUUUGAAACCUUAUUUUCCAAUUAAAUUAUGGAACUGUUAUGAUGCCGUUAUCAAUGAAGAAAUGCGCUCUAAUAAUGGCAUCGAAGGGUGGCAUUCGUCUUUUAAUGCUAAAGUUCGUGUGAGUCAUGCAUCCAUGGGUAGAUUUAUAAAUGUUAUAAAAGAUGAACAGACGAUUACUGAACUUUUUAUAACACAACUUAACACCGGUAUGAAUGUUAUGCCUAAACGAAGAAAAAUGUAUGCUAAUUUUGAUAGUCGGUUGACGAAAAUUGUGAACCAAUAUGAUAAAAAAAAAAAAUUACAAUAUCUUCAUGAUGUUGGUACUCUCCUUAGUUUAUAA